AUGAUGACAGCCAUGCACAAUCUGAUAGAGAACAUGACACCCGGAAGAAAACCGCAUGUGGAGAUGGACCAAGAGGGUAACAACGAAGGAAAGUCAGGGGUAAAUUCGUCACCUUACAAUGGAAAGAAAGGCAGUGACGUGGAAGACGGUGCUCCCGGCGGUCCAAGGAAACAGCAGAUGCCGCCGGCCAGUGUGAUGACGAGACUAAUACUGAUAAUGGUUUGGAGAAAACUUAUCCGAAACCCUAACACUUACUCUAGUCUCUUCGGCCUUGCCUGGUCCCUUAUCUCGUUCAAGUGGAAUAUAAAGAUGCCAACAAUAAUGAGUGGAUCGAUUUCGAUAUUAUCUGAUGCAGGUCUUGGCAUGGCUAUGUUUAGUCUUGGUCUAUUUAUGGCAUUGCAACCGAAGAUAAUUGCAUGUGGAAAAUCAGUGGCAGUCUUUGCGAUGGCCGUGAGGUUCUUGACCGGACCAGCUGUAAUUGCAGCCACCUCAAUUGCAAUUGGUCUUCGAGGCAGUCUCCUACAUGUCGCCAUCGUUCAGGCUGCUCUUCCUCAAGGAAUCGUUCCUUUUGUUUUCGCCAAGGAAUAUAACGUCCACCCUGAUAUUCUCAGCACUGCGGUUAUAUUCGGAAUGCUGGUUGCUUUGCCUGUAACAGUACUCUACUACGUUCUUUUGGGCAUUUGA